AUGGCAGCGACGGUGAACUACGCAGAUAAAACAAGAGCGAAGAAUCUAUUCAUCAUAUCAAUGAAAGGAAUCAAAGACGUCUUAAUCUUUGUCAUCAGCUUGCAUUGGAGACAUCUGGCUACAGUGAAGAAAGGAAAGUCUAAUCUGAGGAAAAAGGUGAUGCUUGCCGUUAUUGUUAGGCAGCGUAAACCUUGGCACAACAAGGAUGGUGUUUUCACGUAUUUUGAAGAUAAUGCUGGUGUCAUUGUCAACCCCAAAGGAGAAAUUAAAGGAUCUGCUAUCACUGGACUUACAGGAAAGGAGUGUGCUGAUUUGUGGCCAAGAAUUACCAGUGCUGCCAAUUCUAUUGUCUCAGUGGAGACUGAUUUUUGA